CUCGAGCCUGAGGCGCCGGAGUCUUUUCCCCGGCCGCGUAGCCUCCCGUCCGGACGGACGGACCUACGGACGGACCAAUGGACCGAAGGAGUUCCUUCCCUCUCAACCGCCCUCCCUGUCGGGGCUGGUUCCUCUGGGGAGGGGACGGGAGGGAAGGGGAGGAAGGUGCUUGCCCCGCGCCUGCCUGCUCGUCUUCCGGCUGGCAGCAUCUUGGUGGACAGGAAGGUUUUGCGUUGCUUUCUUCUAGACAGGCAAGGGUUACCACGGCGCCUGGUCCUUCCAAUAGCAGAGUAAUAAUAGUACUCGUAAAGUGCUCACUAUAUGCCAAACACUGCUCUAAACUCGGGUCCUGCCCUUUCCAGGUUCAACCCCAGGCAGGUACCUGCCCUGCUCCAGCCCCUGCCCUGACCUCCCCUGUUCUAGCCCCUGCACUGCCCCUAUUCCAGCCCCCGCUCCAACCCCUGCUUUGCCCUGCCCUGCCUCUACUCCAGCCCCUCUCUAGCUGCUAGAUUGCCCAGCUCCAGCCCAGCAACAGUCCUUGCUUCGGCCCCGGCUCAGCCCGGCUUCCCCAACCCCUCCAUGACCGUCUCUUCUCCCCUACAGGCCGGAGAUCCUGCACGCCCAUGGGCCCCUGUUGCCCAGCCCCCUGACCCCUGACCCCUGGGCCCAGGCCCGGGGCCAUCGAUGCCUCUCCCCACGGAGCGGGUCCCCAGCCCCGCGGGCUCGGAGCGGCUGGCGUGGCUGACGUCCACACUGUGGCCCGCGCGGGGGGACCCCCGCAUCGGUGUGCGGCCCCGGCGCGUCUCUGCCCACCGGCUAGUCCUGGCGGGGGCGGAGACGUCGCGGGGCGACGGGGGCGGCGGGGACAGCGGGUCCGGCCCUCCGACCUCGGCGCGGCUCCUGGUCCUGGCCUCCGGGGAGAGCGUGGAGCGGAGCGGCGAGGAAGCGGGGCGGCUCUGGAAGGACGAGGGCCCGCCGGCAGCGGGAGGAGGGACCGUCCUGCGGCGGCGGGACGCUGAGACUAAGCAUCUGGGAGAGUACGAUGUAACAAUAAAUAGCCACAUUCCCUGCCCACAACGAGCUUACAGUCUAGCUUGCAGGCUCCUGGUCUACCCCAUCGGCCUAUGGCCCCCAGACUCCUGGCACAGCUCGGGACUCGGCUCCUCUGCCGCUUCCGCCUCUGGUCCCCCGACCCCUGGAGCAGCUCGGCUCGGCUCCGCAGGCCGAGAAACUCCGGGACCGCCGCCAGGGUCGGCCCUGGCUUGCGGGGGCGGCCCCGGGCGGGAAGGGGCGCCUCUUCGGCCCCUCCGACCUCCGCGGCCCGCCCGGCCUCACCCCUGCCCGCGAUGCGGGAAGAAAUUCUCCCUGAAGCACCAGCUGCAGACGCACCUCCGCGUGCACACAGGAGAGAAGCCCUUUGCCUGCCGCCUUUGCCCGCAACGAUCCCGGGACUUCUCGGCCAUGACCAAGCACCUGCGUACCCACGGGGUGGCUCCGUAUCGCUGCCCACUGUGCCCGGCCGGCUGCCCCAGCCUGUCGGCCAUGCAGGCCCACCUGAGAGCCCAUCCUCCCGGCCAGCUGUCCCCCGGAUGCACCGUCCGCUGCACGUUCCUCUACUCCUCCUCCUCCUCCUCCUCCCCCGCCUCCCAUGGCCCUCCUCCCCCCCGCAGCCCUCCUCCCCAGGCCCCGACGGGGAACCCCAGGCCUGAGUGUCUCCCUCCGCCCUCCCCGAGUGAGGCACCCACGCAGGACCCCGGGUCCGACUGCUGUGAUGGGCCCCAGGCCCCUGAGCGCGAGGCCUCUGAGACGAUGGGGGACAGAGACAGGGACUCCUCUGCUUAUCCCGCAUCUACCCCGACGCUUAGCACAGCUAUUGGCCCAGAGUGAGCACUUCAUCAAUACCAUCGUUAUUGGGACCGGCAGCCAGAUCCUCUCAAUAAAGAGUUUCCCCCCCG